AGAAAUCAGAGCUAAGCUUCUAAACUACUGCGUUGAGUUUUGCAAUGGGAAACAUUAGGUUUGACUCGAUCUUCUUCCUGAAAAAUUAAUCUCGGUGAAUCAAUUUCGGUUUCAUUCUUUAAUGUUGUUUCUCUUUCCUAACAAGAGACGAUUCUUCACAAGGUGUCCCCUUCAUACAUCGUUCUCCAUGUCCUACUACCUUCCCUUUAACUUUUUGUGCAUUUUCUGGUUCUCAUUUGUCAACUAAGCCAUUUCUUAUCGCGAUUUGCAAGCCACGAGCCAGCUCAUGCCAACAAAGUCUCAACAACCACACACCAACGCCAAAACCAAAUAAAAACCCUUCCAUUCUCCACACACUACCACCACACAGUUUCUUUUUCUCUUUUCUUCCCACUCUCUAUCUACUCAACAUGGCGUUCACCUCUCUCACUCUCAUUCUCUUCAGUUCAUUCUGCUUGAUUCUUCGGGCCCAAGCCCAAGCCCAAGCCCCGGCGCCUUCCUCCGGCGCGGUGGACCUCGUUGCCAUCCUCCAAAAGGGUGGCCAAUACACAACCCUUAUCCGUCUUUUGAAUGAGUCGCAGCAACUAACCCAAAUCCAGAGUCAACUCAAGUCAAACUCGCAAGGGUUCACUCUUUUCGCGCCCACCGACAACGCUUUCCAGAACCUCAAAUCUGGGGCUCUCAACGGUCUCACUGAUGAGCAGAAAGUGCAGCUCGUUCUCUACCACGUCACUCCCAAGUACUACUCUCUCUCUGAUCUCUUGACCGUCAGCAACCCCGUCAGAACUCAAGCCUCCGGCAGUGAAGGCUCGUGGGGGCUCAACUUCACCGGCCAAGGGAACCAGGUCAACGUCUCCACCGGCGUCGUGGAAACGCAGGUCAACAACGCGCUCAGGCAGCAGUUUCCUCUGGCGGUUUACCAGGUGGACAAGGUGCUGUUGCCGGCAGAGCUCUUCGGAGAGAAGUCCCCCGCGGCGGCUCCGUCUCCGAAGUCUCCGAAAAGCAGCCCUGAAACUCCGAGCGUUGGGAAGGCCGGUGGCGCUCCUUCUCCCUCCGGAGACGCGCAGAAUGAUAAUGGCGCGGCAGGGAGGAAUGUGGGAUUUGGAGUUAUCCUUGGAGUUGGGUUAUUCUGCAUGGGAGUUCUCUCUUGAGAAAACUUCGCUCUGCAUGUGUCGUGUUCUUCGUCUUUUCUUUCUGAAUCCGUCUCUUUUCUCUUCUACGGGCAAAAGAAACUGUGUUGGGAUUGAUUGAGUUUCACCCUCAUUCUUUGUAUUUAAUGUUUCUUUCUUUCCUUACAUAAAUUUCAUGCUUGUUUUAUACUUCUCCACUCUCAGAAUAACAUUUUCUUUUAUAAA